AUGCCAAACUGCUGCCGUUGUGGGAGUUAUGCACCGCAAGCUUUUCACUGCGCAUGUACAGGUGAAGACAAAGCUGUUUAUGUCUGCGGAGAGGAUGCCUGCCGCAUGUUUGGCUGUCCUGAUUGCAGAAGAUAUGUGGCAGGCGGAGAAAUCUGGACUGAAUCUGGCACCAUGACACGACCCACCGGUUCAAGCACAACAGAACCCGGUCGCGGCAGCAAGCUGUCAGAGGAUGGGAGCUCUUGCAACGAAACUGCGGGAGUAAGCAUGGGUACGAUGAGCGUGGACGCAAUUGAGGCUGCUCGUAUGCAUGCAGACAGCAAGUACUUGAUCCUGCUUGAUUUCCAGCACACUCUUCUUCGGUACGACGGGCCGAGAACCGAGAUUCGGCCGUUCGCCGGAGAGUUGGUACUGUGCCUGUUGCAGAAGCAAAAGGAAGGCCUUUGUCAGCUUGGCUUCCGCAGCACUAAGGCAGGGAGAAAUGCCAUACCUCUCGCGCAGCGUUUGCUCCGACAGGCGACAUCUGUGGAAUGGGUUGCUGACAGUGCACAUGGGGAUCGACGGUUGCAGGACACAUCGUCUCCUGGUAGAAGCGUCUGGCUCGUUCAUGGUGACUUAAGUCACCAUAAUCCCUUGGCACGUCACGACAAGUCGCAGACGCCCAUGCAAAUCUUGGAUUUGGAGACUGUGGUAUAUGAAUUCGAGGACAUCGCAGAUGGCACGAGAUUCACAACGUCCUCACGGGUUUUCGUUACAUGCGACGGAACUAAAUCCGGCACUCAUGUCAACGAAGCCAGCGCGCAAAAUAUGCUCAAAGUCGAAGGAUGGAAAUGGAUUCCUGAAGAUGACGAACUCCGGCGCUUGGCAAGCUACUUUGUUCACUUCUUCCAGCGAAGGCCUUCCGAUGCACGUGAGCAUUUACAGAAACAUGUGUUCGAUCAGAGAUUUGUUUAA